AUGGCCGUGCCGGGGAGCCGGCCCUGCCCGCGCCCCAGGACCGCGCUUUCCUGCGCGCCUUGGCGGGGGAGCGGGCACCGAGGCAAAGGGGAUGGCCGGGACACCCCUCACGGCGGGCGUCAGGAGAGAUUCCCGCCCGGGGACCAGCGGCCAGGGACGGGGCCGAGGGGGCGGGGGGAGAAGCCCGGUGCACACCGGCGGCAGCACCGGCGUGUCACCGCCGAGGUGUCACCCCCGAAGCGUCACCCCCCUCGAGGUGUCACUCCCGAGGUGUCGCCGCGGCCGCUCCGGGCCGGGCCGGGCCCCGCGGGGUCGCGCUCACCUGCGCGGGGCCCGCGCGCGCCGCCGCCGCCACAGGGGAAGCCUGGGCCGAGGGCGCCCCCUCUGGGCCGCGCGGGGAAGCGGCGGCGGGGCCGGGCGGGGUCACCGGGACCGCGGCACCGGGACAGCGGCACCCCGGGACAGCCGGCACCCCGGGACAGCCGGCAUCACCGGGACAGCGGCACCCCGGGACAGCCGGCAUCACCGGGACAGCGGCACCGGGACAGCGGCACCCCGGGACAGCCGGCACCCCGGGACAGCGGCACCCCGGGACAGCCGGCACCCCGGGACAGCCGGCACCCCGGGACAGCCGGCACCCCGGGACAGCGGCACCGGGACAGCGGCACCCCGGGACAGCGGCACCCCGGGACAGCCGGCACCCCGGGACAGCCGGCACCCCGGGACAGCCGGCAUCACCGGGACAGCGGCACCGGGACAGCGGCACCACCGGGACAGCGGCACCACCGGGACAGCGGCACCCCGGGACAGCCGGCACCACCGGGACAGCCGGCAUCCCGGGACAGCGGCACCCCGGGACAGCCGGCAUCACCGGGACAGCCGGCAUCCCGGGACAGCCCUCCGGCGCCCGGGAGCACCGGGUCGUGGGGACGCUGA